GGAAAUCCUAAUGCCCCAUCGACUCCCGUCCCAAUCAAGGCUCACCUCGCACAGUCACACCGCAAGAAUCCAAGAACAACAAGAGAGAGGGUGAUCCCAUCAUGGCGUUCGCCGUCGCCUCCAAGGGGGCCCCGCUCACCGGCCUCCUCAAGAAGCUCCUCCUCGCCACGUCGUCCGCCUCCGGGGGAGCGCCCAUCGCCUACGCGCUCCGCCCGGCGAUCGUCACCGCCGCUCGCCGCUUCUUCAACACCGAGGGCGCGCCGCUCCGCCGCGAUGACUACGACCUCGAUGAGUCCAGCGACGACGCUGACGCCGUCGACGUCAGCUGCCGCACGCGCGACUUCUCCGUCCCCGUGUUCUUCUCGGCAGAUGUGCUGGACCCGUUCGGCGCGCCGACGAGCCUGGGCCGGCUGCUGGCGCUGAUGGAGGACGACGCAUCAGCGGCAGCGCCCAGGACGACCGGCUUCUCCGCGGCGGCGCUGAGGCGCGGGUGGUGGGUGUCGAAGGAGGACGACGACGCGGUGCAGCUGAAGGUGGCGAUGCCGGGGCUGGGGAAGGAGCACGUGAAGGUGCGGGCGGAGCAGAACAUCGUGGUGAUCAAGGGCGAGGGCGACAAGGAGUUUGAGGACGACGACAACGAGGAGUCCUCCCCUUCGCGGUACAGCCACCGCAUCGAGCUCCCCGCCGACGCGUUCAAGAUGGACCAGGUCAGGGCGGAGAUGAAGAACGGCUUGCUCAGGGUGACGGUGCCCAAGGUCAAGGAGGAGGAGCGCAAGGACGUGUUCCAGGUCAAGGUCGAGUAGGGGGAUCGAUUCGUCCGAGGUCCGGUGAUCUGGUAUGUGUAGUGAACUAGCAGUUUAGUUCCCGUAACCUGUUGCUGAUGGAGGAGGUUGAGAGAGAUGAGGCCUUUUUGAUGGUGGUGUCUCAUGUCCGGUGAUCUGAGCCCUGUUUACCUUUCUGUUCGUCCUGUUGAGUUUCUUGAUGGUGAUGACUGGUGGGUGAUCUUGCUAUGAACAUCUAAUGAGUAAGGGCAUGCGUAGUUACUGA